AUGUCGAACUUCGAUAUGAUCAUAGCGAAUACUCAACUUUCCAUCCUUUAUCUCUUCCCUGUCGCAGUCUUUGGGCUCAUCCUCAAUCUCUACCGCAAAGCUAUCCUUGGAAGAUCAAACCAGAAAAAGGCUCAAGCUGGAGAUGCAUAUGCAGCCCUCGAGCAAACCGUUACCUAUGCGCCUCAUGCCGCCCAGGACUCUCUUCAAGACUUGAUCGAGAACGAUGGAGCUGGCACAUGGCCUCCUACAACUGUGUAUGGCAAUGCCUGGCCAGUACCCCUUCAACCAUUCCACGACAUCUAUCAAGCCAUGGCACCUGCUCUUUCAGUCGCAGAACUCAGCGGCGACGAUGUCAAGAACUUUCAACGAUGCUUGGACUUCCGUGUACAGAUGAGAACACUUUACAAUGAUCAAGUCAACAUGGGAGAAGUGAAAGCCCUCCUAGACGCAGCAGAGCAUGAUGAGAAUGUUCUAUCCCGUGCGGCUUGGAACGGUCUAUUCGCUUGCAUUGCAUUGUCCCGACAUUCCUUCCGAUGGGGAACAAUCCCCAUUGUCAAACUUGCCCAAGCAGAGCGAGUUGUUGAUUUCCCUGGCUGCCUCGACCUUGCAUGGCCAUACCUCCAGAGACGUUAUGGAGUUACAUCUCCAGGUGGCAACGUCGCAAGUAACUAUCUCUGCAACUUCGACGAAAACCAUCAGAUUGUUUACCCUAUCAACCCUGGCAUGGACGAUCUCAUCCAAUCUGCCGAGUACCACUUUGGUCAUGUCUUCCCCCACAUCGAAAGAGAAGCUCUUCCCAUUUAUCACUUGGUUACUAAAGCUAUCCAACAACAUUCUAACGGUGACCUUGCUGGUACUCUGCAAUCGCUCAAAGGAAUCAACAAGGAUUUGCGCAUACCUUUGAAGACAUAUUACGAAACCAUGCAUGAAUCUAAGAUCUCGCGAAAAGUUUGGAUGCACUACGCACAAGGAUUCCAAGGAUGGGCCGCUGGUGACAUCGACGAAGUCACUGGAGAGUAUACCGAAUAUGACGGUCUUUCUGGCAACCAGCUAUUACUCCCGCAGAUCAUGGAUGCUUUCUUGGGACUUGAUAGAUACUUGAAUGAGGAGAACACACAACGCUACAUGCCAAACUUACAACGCAAAUUCCGCGAAACCAUUGCUGAGCAUAGCUUCCGCAUUGAGGCCAAGAAAAACGGAGAGGAUGACAUUGAGCACGAAAUGAACAACAUUGUCAAGCAGAUGAGAAUAUUCCGAACAGCUCACCGAGUCAGAGUUAAGCCAUACUUGAGCGUACCAGCCCCUGAGCGCAUGAUCAUGACAGCUGGAAAGUCUGUUCUGGAGAAGGGUGACGUUCAAGACUACCAGUCUGCCAUUGCACCUCUGGAUAAAAUGUUGAGCGACAGACUGUUGGCAACGAAGUAG